AUGUCGACGCCCACAACCGCCACGGCUACGCUGCAUCGCUCCUAUUCGGACCGGUACCAUCCGCAGUUUGCAUCGUAUCAGCAUCAUCACCAGCCUUAUCCCGUCCAGGCCAACAGCGCCUCCUCCUUUUAUUCCCAGAAUACUACCAAUCUCCCCAGCAUUCUGUCGCCCACAGCGUCACGGCAACCAUUUCCAGACUCUCCUUCGACACAGUACUCGCUCGUCGACCACCAACCACCACCAGUCAACCCGCCGCCGCCUCUGAUCGCAAACCCGGUCGUUCUCAAGCCCAUCACCCGAACAUUACCGCCCCCUCACCCGCGUCUGUCUCAACAACUUCCUCCCCAGCGUUUGACCCUCCAACCUGGGCCCGAUCAUACAGCCAUGGCGACACCUCCCAACCCUGAGGCGUCUCAGCCCGCCUCACAGCAGAACAAGAGGAAGAGGCAACGCGGAGAGACCAACUGGGCAGAGUUCUACAUAAACGGGUUACCUAAGGAAGUAAUUGUGAUUGAUGACACUCCAGAGCCCGAGGGCACGGCUACUAGGAGCGUGGCCUCUCAAACACUGUCUAAUGGCGCUCAGGUCGUCACGAACCAGUCAGCUCCAUCUCAGCCGACAGCUAAGAGGUCCAGGCCAAAUGACCAUUACGACCCCGUCCACCACAACCAAUAUGUCCCUUCCCAGAACCAAGCGCCGCGUUCGCUACCGUCCGCUUCCAAUUCGCUCAACUCCCCCGCGGCUACUAGCAAUAGAACAAACUCGGCCCAGAACACCACGACAGCAACUUCGCUAGGCUCUCUCUCAUCGCAGAGUUACAACGAUGAUUACGCACAACCGGGUGCAAAACGCAGGAAGCUAACCCGACAGCAGGCCAAUGAGGCCAAGCGUCGGGAAACGGCUCAUGCCGAUACCUUUGCCGUGUACAAACCGCCUCCAUAUCCUCCCAAGAAGGCCGGUGAAGUACAUGUCAAGGUCAUUGCAGACACUUCGCCCAAUCGAGGAAACAAUGUUGACGAUGAUGAUGGUCAUAUGAUUGUGGUUCCCGGCAAUGAUCUUACCGAUAGAUACGAAAUCAUCAAGCUCCUUGGCCAAGGCACUUUCGGCAAAGUUGUACAGGCAAAGGACAAGAGGCGCAAUAAGCUUGUCGCGGUAAAGAUCAUCCGCUCCGUACAGAAGUACAGAGACGCGAGUAAGAUUGAACUGCGGGUGCUGGCAACCUUGAAGGCGAACGACGAGGAGAAUCGGAACCGUUGCAUUCAUCUGCGGGACUGCUUCGAUUUCCGUGGCCACAUUUGCAUCGUCAUGGAUUUGCUUGGGCAGAGCGUGUUUGACUUCCUGAAGGAGAACAAUUUUGUGCCCUUCCCCAACAGUCAAAUCCUGGCCUUUGCUCGUCAGUUGUUUACCAGCGUCGCUUUCUUGCACGACCUCAACCUGAUUCACACCGAUCUCAAACCCGAGAACAUCUUGCUCUGCAACCAAGAGUAUCAGACGUUUACCUACUCCCGCACCAUUCCGUCAUCUUCAACGCUCACCAACCGCCGAGCCGUGCAUAGAAAGGUUCUUCUAGACACCGAAAUCAGGCUCAUCGACUUUGGGUCCGCCACAUUCCAGGACGAAUACCAUUCAUCAGUUGUGAGCACUAGACAUUAUCGUGCGCCCGAGAUUAUUCUCGGUCUGGGGUGGUCCUUCCCCUGUGAUAUAUGGAGCAUUGGCUGCAUCCUGGUAGAGUUCUACACAGGUGACGCUUUGUUCCAGACGCACGAUAACCUGGAACAUCUGGCAAUGAUGGAGGCAGUGGUGAACCACAAGAUCGAUCCUGCGUUAGUCCAGCAGGUCAACAGGAUGACCAGGAAUGGUGGCAAUCCGGCUGCGAAGUUCUUCAAGCGCUCAAAAUUGGACUACCCUGCUCCCGACACCACCCGUGCGUCCAAGAGAUUCGUCAAGGGCAUGAAGUCUCUCGAUGAAAUCAUCCCUGCCAGAAAUAGUCGCUUCCUUUCUCUGUUCCUGGAUCUUCUAAAAAAGAUCUUUACAUAUGACCCCAACAAGCGUAUCACCGCCAGGGAAGCCCUUCAGCACGAAUGGUUCCGAGAGCACCUCCCACCAGAUGACGGUACCGAGGCCACCCGAAUCAGGCUCGAAAAGGAGACAGAAAGACAGCGUCGAGAGGCGGAAGCGCGGAGAAAUAUGCUACCGGCCAUGCACUCAGCAUGA